AUGGCCUCAUUUCCCGACUAUGACACGCCCUUCCGGAUGCGAACCCAACUCUUCCGCCCUCCUCAUACUCCCUCUUCCACUUCAUCGAUCUACCACACACCCGACACCGAAACGACCCGAAAGCGCAUGCGUCGCGAGGCCCCAGAUGUGCGCACUCUAGCUUGGGAUCCUAUGUCAUCGACGGAACUGGAAGGCCCAUCACCACUAUCUUUGAUCAACACAGACUAUAUUCUUGCCAAUGGCGGUGAGGAUCAUCGACAACUAGAUCUGAAGGACUCGAAAGAAAAACUAGCAGAGGAACAAGACUAUCGACCAAACCGAUAUCGUUACAACUCUCUUAUCACAGACCAGCAGCCAGCCCUUACAAUCGGCAACAAAGACGUGGGAAGUCGCAAACGCAGUCACAGCGAGGCUACUGAAAUGGCUACACAACCAACGCAGGCGUCAACUCCAACAACGCCGGGUUGGGGUCGAACCGUAUUCACCGUGGUAGGGAGAGUUUGGGACUUUUGCUGGACAAAUGCAUUCCGUGGAUUUGCUGCUGGCGGGGGAAAUAGCUAUCAGGUUGGAACUCCUGUAUCCAAAGAAGCGAGUCAUCGGCAAUCAGAUCUUCAACACGAUCCAUUUACUUCGGGUGGAGGUUCCACUCUGAUCCCAGGUCAAUAUCCCGACGAAGAUACAGAACAUUUACGUGACAAAGAAUCCUGGGUGCUCGUACAGGACUCACCAUCGCUGAAAUUUUCAUCGGCGCGAAGCCCAAGUCCUACACAAUUCUCACGCAAAGUCCCACGACGAAGCGCAGCGCAUCGUCCCCAGUCACGUCGAUCGCUUGUAAAUCCCCUCCGACCUGUAACUAAACGACCUACUCUGAACCCUCUCCAACCUGCAACCGUUACCCCAUCAUCACUAACCGGCCGCCCAUCUACCCCGUUAAAACAACCCCUCAGUCCCACCCGGGCAUCUCUGCCUGGAAGUCCAGCGUCUAGAGAGGCCCAGCGAUUCGCAGCUCAAGUUCGACGGCGAGAGCGCGAGGAGGACGCCAGCAUCCAAAAGAUGAACGACCAGCUCAAGGCGUUGAUUCGCGAGGGCCGCGAAGCACUGGGUUCUCGUGUGGAGGUUGACGAUAUGGAUUUUGAUGACUAA